UUCCUUUUUUUGCUCAUGCAUGCACGCUUUCGCUGCCAACUCCCAUGCAGGCAAUGGAUGCGUCAUAGCCAUAAUCGUGUUUUUGUCCACAAAGAGGAUCAAACAACAAUAAUCAAAAAUUACCAACAAAACAAAACAAUAAUGUUGGUGCCUGGAAUUGCAGUCUGUGUUGCUGCUGUUGUACACGUACCCUGCUUGGAUUGCCCAGGCUCUGAGCCCUCAUGCUUGACGUGUCUGGCUGGCUGGCGGGCUGCUGGCUGGCGUGUACCCUUCAGCUGGUCCGUCGGGCCUGGCUAGCACCGCUCCAUGGACACCGCUUUCUCUCACGUUCUGUCAUUUCCAACAUUUGAAUGUUACAGCAUGGAUCCAAACAAACACCUAUUCACAGUCUGCGGACGGGCGGUCCAAAACACGCGAGGAGUCAUCGGACGAAUCCUGAAGACCAUUGGGUGUGCGGCCUCUCAAGUCACCCCGACUCCCCGAACCUCCAUCCCCAGCUGUCACUUGCUAUCGUCAUGGAGACAGACGGGCCAUCUGCUACUCGGCAUCUGCCAUGACGCCUCGUCUGUCGUCCAUUCACAGUCUCGUCUGCAUGUCUGAUUAUUAACUCCUGCCAUGUGCCUGUCUCGUCUCCGUCCAACUGAUCGUCAUGCCUCUCCCCCGCACUCGCUGAACAAUCAGGCCCUGAUUAGGUCAUGGUCUGAUGACAUAUUCCACCGCUCCCAACCCCACACCCUGCUUUUCCCCUUAUUUCCACCCUCUGCACGUCUGCUUUCCAUCUCCUUUUCCGAACCCUUGCUUGCAUCAUCCGAACUUCGCGCGAACGCAAUCAACUUGAUCGGCAGGGCACUUACUCAUCACCUCGAUUGAUUAAUCAACUGUCCCUGCCUGUCUGCCUGCCAGCUCUCGCAUCGCACGAGCAUACCCAGUCAAACAGUAGUUUGCUGAACAGACAACACAGACUCGCUAGCGUCCUCAACCACUGCAACCCCUUCACCGCUGCCCCCCACCGUCUUUGCGCCUCACCGCCAGCCCCCUCCAUACACAGCACACUCAUGCCUACAUAUGCACGCCGACACGACUCAGGUCUGGCGAAACUGACCGCUCCAGAAACACCACCACCUCGCUGCUGCACUGCAUCCACUUUCCGUCUACAUAUUCAACCCGAUUAUAUAAGCGAAUCCAAUACCUAUGUAUUUUCAUACUUGGGUUACAUGCUCCCAGUCACCUUCGCCCUCCAC